AUGGCCUUGGCCGCCGCCCUCGCUCGAGCGGCAACGCGCAUCCUCCACGGCGGCUUCCCGCCGCACGCCACUUCUGCUGCACUCUACACCCGCAGCCGCCUGUUCUGCGACCUCCCCGCCGGCAACGAGCCCUCCGCUCCGGGGGCCAAGGAGGAGCAGUGGGAGGCGGCUGAGGCGGAGAUCCUCCGCGAAGUUGGGCCCGUCGUGGAACUUGUCAAAAACAUCCUCCAUUCCAGGAGAUAUGGAGAUGGUGCGUUUUUAAGUCCGGAAGAUGAAAAGGUUGUGGUAGAAAAGGUUCUUGCUCACCACCCCCGUUUCGAAGACAAGAUUGGUUGUGGACUUGAUGCUAUUAUGGUUAACAAACAUCCUGAUUUCAAGAUGUCCAGAUGCCUGUAUGUGGUUAGAACAAAUGGCGAUUGGGCGGAUUUCUCAUACCGCAAGUGUCUCCGGGCGUACAUCAAAGGGGCCUAUCCAUCCCAUGCGGAUAAGUUUAUAAAUAAACAUCAUCUAGUUCAGAGGCGGUCACAUCUUGGUCUACUUCCUCCAAAGUAG